GGUAGUGGAGGUUAUACAAACGUUUGCGUAUCUUUAAAAGUUUGAAAGUUUUUCUAACGUGAAUGCUCGCACAUAUUGAGUGUAAAGUGGUCUUUGACAAGUGUUGGAGUGUUCAGUGAUAGUGUUUCUUCCAUUAUGCAGCAGUUUGACCUUAGUUUUGGUUCGGAAAGUGACAGCAUUUCAAAGUUUUGUAGACAGGUGAGAAAAUGCUCAGGUGAAUCGUGACGAAACAAGCGAGCGAACGACCGGGUAAUUUUAAAGUAUGCCGUUUGUUUUAAGUGGAUUACAAAAAAAUAUAUAAAUAAUUAGUGAUACAAUAUGGUUUUUAGGAAGUUUAGGAGUUGAAAUAAGUACGGGAGUCUAAAGGUAGGUAGGCUUGUCAGGUAGACAGGCCUACACAAAGGAAUGGUUAGACUGAAUCGCUUAUCUAGGCGAAGGACUAGUUGUAGUGAAAUGGAAGAGAAAGAAAGAUUAACUAAAACAUACUGUUGUAGUGCUGUUCGCGAUAGUGAUAGUUAUAUGUUUUGCCGAAAAAAUAUAGUGUGCUUCUUGGUUUGUGGGAUUAUUUUGCUGGGAUCAUCUGUCAGUGCAGAGUCUCUACAAGCUCCCAGAUUCAUCACUCAGCCGUCCGGCUCCAGCAACAUCGUCAGCGAGGGCAGAACCAAGAUACUCCAGUGUCAAGCAUUGGGUUAUCCCCAGCCUCAGUACAGGUGGCUCAAAGAUGGUGUGGAGUUGGGAGACUUCAGCACAGAACACUUCUACAGGAUACACAACACCAGGAGGGAAGACGGAGGCAGAUACCAGUGUGUGGCCAAGAAUGACGUCGGCUCAAUACUCAGCAAACCGAUUGACGUCACAGUCGCAUAUAUGGGAGUGUUUGAAGACCAGAGUGAGCGCACUGUCUCUGUGUCACGGGGAGAAGCUGCAGUGCUGGAGCUUCCUCAGAUCACCAGCCACCCUCAGCCCCUGGUCAUCUGGCAAGCAGACGACGGGUCUCAGCUGUAUGGCCGAAAAUAUGCAGUCACUCAUCAGCAUCAGCUGGUCGUCCUGUCAGUCACUGACAAUGAUCAGAAAGCAUACAGAGCUCGCGCCACCAACACUCAGCUAGGCAAGGAGGAGAACAGUGCCUAUGUCCGACUGGUGGUCCGGGGUGGAGACCCGGGAGGGGAGAUUGCUCCAGAGAUCAUUGUCAGCCCUCGGGACUCCCACAUCCUCAAGGAUACCCUAGCCACAGAACUGCAAUGUAUAGUUAAUGCGAGGCCCCUGCAUGAGCUGGAGACUCUAUGGCUGAAGGAUGGUAUCCCGGUGGAGAACACUGGCAUCAAUCACAACCUGAACGACCCGUGGAACCGCACACUGAGUUUAGUAUCUGCCAACCUCACACACACAGGCAGAUACACCUGUCAAGCGAGGCUACGUAGCGGAGGCUUCCCUGCAGUCGAGGCUACGGCUCAGGUCACUGUGCUGGAGGCUCCAUCGUUUGUAUCCAACCUGAGGCCUGAGACACUGGGAGAGUACGGCAACACUGUGAAGCUACCUUGUGAGGCCAAUGGGGAGCCAGCACCAUCCAUACAGUGGCUACACAACGCCAUAGACGUCAUGAGCUCCACCCACAGAGACAGAUAUAUGGUGGAAGAAGACAAGUCCCUGGUGAUAAAGAAGCUGAGGAUGGAAGACACGGGGAUGUACCAGUGUGUGGCGACCAACGAGGCUGGCAGCGACUUUGUCACUACCUGGCUCAAAGUGAAAACCUCUGCUCCCAUCAUGGAGACUCCACCUCAGAAUGUGACAGUGUUGGAUGGCAAGGAUGCUAUCAUCUCCUGUAGAGUAGCUGGAGCACCCACUCCCAACAUCACUUGGUACUAUCAAGACUCCCAGCCUGUAGAGUUGAGUGGUCGUCUGCAGGUGCUGGAGUCAGGAGAUCUGCUAGUGGCCGCAGUGAGGGAGUCAGACGCUGGCAAGUACGCUUGUGUCAGGGCCAAUGAGGCUGGCCAGGUCUCUGCGGCUGGCUACUUGUCUGUACUAGUGAGGACUCAGAUUAUCCAACCCCCAGUGGACACCAGAGUUUUGCUUGGCAACACAGCUACUCUACAGUGUAAAGUGUCCAGUGACCCCUCAGUGCCUUACCAGAUAGACUGGUUCCAUAACGGGCAACCUGUAGGUGUGGGGUCGCAGCGUGUCAGUGUAGCAGGGGACGGCACUCUAGAGAUACAAGCUGUGAGAGCCGCUGAUGUAGGUGAUUACACCUGCGCUCUGGUGUCCCCGGGGGGCAAUGAGACCCGGACAGCACGGCUCAGUGUUAUAGAGCUGCCCUUCCCUCCCACCAACCUCGUGGCUACCAGACUGGACAACCGAGCCAUCAACCUCACCUGGGCACCUGGCUUUGACGGCAAUAGUGAGAUACUCAAGUACAUCGUGCAGCGGAGAGAAGUCUCUGACCUGGGCCCAAUCACAGACAACUGGGUGACAGAGCUUAGCAAUGUGUCUGCCAGUCAUCGUUAUGUCUUGCUGCGGAACCUCAAAGCUGCUGCUUCGUACCAGUUCAGAGUCAGCGCAGUCAACAGUGUAGGGGAGGGGUCACCCUCAGACCCUUCUAAUGUCAUCGCUCUUCCUCAAGAACCACCGUCAGGGCCUCCUAUAGGGUUUGCAGGAUCAGCCAGGUCAUCAUCAGAGAUCAUCACGCAGUGGCAGCCCCCCAUAGAGGAACACCGCAAUGGUCAGAUCCUGGGCUAUGUGAUCCGCUACAGACUCUACGGCUACAAUGAGAGUCCUUGGAACAUCCGCAACAUCACCAAUGAGGCUCAACACAACUACCUGGUACAGGGGCUGAUCACAUGGAAGGACUAUGUGCUGCAGAUUGCUGCUUACAACAACAAGGGAGUGGGAGUGUACAGCGACGGCAUCAGGAUCAAAACCAAAGAAGGAGUACCUGAGGCCCCACCCACUGAUGUCAAGGCUGAAGCUGUCAACUCUACCGCAGUACAAGUCUGGUGGAAGCCUCCUCACCCGCAGAAGAUAAACGGAAUUAAUCAAGGAUACAAACUGCAAGCGUUUAUUGGUGGGGGAGUCAGCAGAGUGAUGACAGUUCCACCAAGUCUGUUUGACCCGUUGGCUCAACAGAGUGCUGUCAUGUCUGGUCUGCGUAAGUUCACCAGUUACAACUUGACAGUCCUGUGCUUCACAGACCCUGGAGAUGGUCUGCCCAGUAACCCGGUGGAAAUUACCACUCAGGAGGAUGUUCCAGAUGAAGUAGGAGGUCUACAGUUUGAAGAUGUGUCGGACAGAGCUGUGAAGGUUGUGUGGCUGCCACCAGAGAGAACCAAUGGUAUACUGACUGGUUACACACUCAGCUACAUGGUCAAGGACAAGCCUGAUACUCUCAAGACUGAGAACUUCACAGCAGACACUCUGAGUGUGAUGGUGACACAACUGCAGGCCACAACACACUACAGGUUUGAGGUGAAUGCUUGGACCAGUGUUGGCGCAGGGCCUAGACGAGUAGCCACCAUACAGUCUGGUGUAGAACCUGUACUGCCCUCUCCACCCACCAAACUGGCUGUCACCAACAUCGAGGCGUUCUCUGUUGUGUUGCAAUUCACACCCGGGUUUGAUGGCAAUUCCUCCAUCACCAAAUGGAUUGUCGAGGCUCAAACAGCCCGGAACACAUCCUGGUUUCCUGUGUUUGAGGAGUCCAGUCCAGAUGCCAUGACACUCACAGUUGUUGGACUUGUGCCGUUCACUCUGUACCGGCUACGUUUGAUUGCUCGUAACGUGGCUGGCACAUCAGAACCGUCAGAGCCAACCAAGGAGUUCCAGACCAUACAAGCUCCUCCGUCACACGCUCCUCACAACGUCACUGUUAGGGCACUGAGUGACACCGAGCUUCGCGUCAGGUGGAUUCCCCUGCAGCAGACUGAGUGGUUUGGUAACCCCCGAGGUUACAACAUCUCGUACAGGGAGGUAGGUAGCACCAGUCCGCCAUUGUUUAUCAUCAUAGAGGAUCACACAGCAAACUCCCAUGUGGUGGACAAACUGGAGGAGUUUGCUCAGUACGAGAUCGUGUUGACUGCGUGUAAUGACGUUGGUGUGUCGGCCCCGAGUCCUAUAGCUUUGGAGCGCACCAGAGAAUCAGUACCUUCGUUUGGGCCAAUGAAUGUUGCUGCCAACGCAACAUCUUCAACCACGAUCGUAGUGCGUUGGGGAGAUGUGCCAAGACAGCACAGGAACGGCCAGAUAGAGGGAUACAAAGUGAUCUACGGGACUGGAAACCCACGGAAUCCACUACCUCCUCAAGUGAAGGACAUACCCUCCAACAGAACAUUCACCACUACUCUGACUGAACUGCGCAAGUUUGUGGUCUACAGUAUACAAGUGCUGGCGUACACUAGGCUGGGAGACGGCACUCUUAGCACUCCACCAGUCAGGGUCCAGACCUUUGAGGAUGUACCUGGACCACCAUCGAAUGUGUCAUUCCCAGACGUGUCUCUAACAACAGCCAGGAUCAUCUGGGAUGUUCCAGAGGAGCCGAAUGGAGAAAUCCUUGCAUACAGAGUUAGUUACCAUCUGCAAGCAACUGGAAGUCUCAACUUCUCUAGAGAGUUCCCACCUUCAGAUAGAACAUACAGGGCAACUGAGCUAGAGCCAGAACAGUACUACCUGUUUUCUGUUACGGCCCAGACCAGACUGGGAUGGGGCAAGUCCACAGAGGCUCUUGUCUACACCACUAAUAACAGAGAGAACCCUCAACCCCCGUCAGCUCCCCAGCUUAGCCGCAGUCAGGUGCAAGCCACUCAGAUCACCUUCAGUUGGGCACCCGGCCGCGACGGAUAUGCUCCUCUUAGGUACUACACAGUUCAGCUGGCCGAGGGUGCAGGACCUUGGAUGUCUGUACAAGAAAGAGUUGACCCAUCAGUAACAUCAUACACUGCCACAGGACUGAAACCAUACACAAGCUACAGGUUUAGAAUACAAGCAACCAAUGACAUUGGACCUAGUGGCUGGAGUGUUGAGUCUUCUCAAGUCAGGACUCUACCUGCAGCACCCAGUAAGGGAGUCAGUGAUGUCAAAGUGAUCCCAAUAACCACGACGAGUGUGAGAGUAGAGUGGACAGCAAUCCCAGACAACUUCUGGUCUGGUGAUCCUGAAACUGGAGGAUACAGGAUUGUGUUCCAACCGGUGUCUGAUUUCCCUACCUCACUUCAGGCAACACCCAAACAAGAGGUCAAGGGAAUUAAGACAACAUCAGUAGUACUGACAGAGCUGUCCCGGGACCACAACUAUGAGAUCGUGGUGGUGCCAUUCAACUCGCAGGGUGCUGGGCCGGCGUCACCCCCUGUAGCAGUGUACGUGGGUGAGGCGGUCCCUACAGGACGACCUAGGAGUGUCACUGCUGAACCUGUCAGUUCUACUGAGGUACGCCUACACUGGCUGCCUCCCCAGCAGAAGGAACAAAACGGAGACUUACUUGGCUACAAGAUCUUUUACCUGGCCACAGAGCUGUCACAAGAGCUAGAUCCUGAGGACAAGGUAGAGGAGGAGCUGGAGGUAGUGCCUGCGUCCUACACUGGCCACAGUUUGGUGUUCCUGGACAAGUUUACUGAGUACAGGAUACAGAUACUAGCAUUCAACCCAGCUGGUGACGGGCCUAGGUCUACACCCGUGGUCGUCAAAACUCUACAGGGACUUCCUGGACCUCCGAGAGAUUUGAGAUUUUCUGACAUCACAAUGACCAGUCUGCUUGUAUCUUGGGACCCACCGAAAAAGCGGAAUGGAGAAUUGAUUGGAUACAUCGUUACUUACGAAACUGCAGAGCAAAAUGAACGAUUUAGCAAACAAGUGAAGCAAAAGGUGUCAGAUAAAAGUCUGUUGGUGCAAACGCUUGAGGAGGAAGUCACUUACACAUUCACUGUGCGAGCUCAGACCAUUGACUACGGACCUGCUGUGAAAGGAAAUGUAACAACCGGACCACAAGAAGGUUCACCAACACGACCCAAGGAACUUACUGUUGGCAAGACUGUGUCAUCCGUGGAGCUACAUUGGGUGAACGGUGCCUCAGGAAAAGGACCUAUCCUGGGAUACUACUUCCAGAGCAAGAGAAAAGAUGACACCAGAUGGACUACAGUGACCCGCACUGGUAAUGGUCCUCUGCAGGAGUUUGCCAUAUCCUACCAGAGUCUGCUGCCUUCUACUGCCUACACCUUCCGGGUGAUAUCAUACAACAAAUAUGGCAUCAGCUAUCCUGCCUACUCUGAUGACGUGGUUUUGACGCCAUCAAAGCUCUACCUAGAAUAUGGAUACCUCCAGAUGAAGCCUUUUUACCGCCAGACAUGGUUCAUGGUAGCUUUGGCUGCAGCGUCGAUUGUCAUCAUCAUCAUGGUGGUUGCCGUCCUCUGUGUUAAAAGCAAGAGUUAUAAAUACAAACAAGAAGCACAGAAGACCCUAGAAGAGUCUAUGGCUAUGGACAUUGAUGACCGCCAGCAGCUAGCCAUGGAGCUGUACCGUGGAGGAGGUACAUUGGGCAAACGUAGCACUCUGGCUAGGAAACAUCUGGCUCCCCCCGGUCCUCCUAUGCUGGGCAAGUCCCCCCCUCGCCCCUCUCCUGCUUCAGUGGCCUACCACAGCGACGAGGAGAGUCUCAAGGGCUACGACGAGAACCCUGACGACAGCAGCGUCACCGAGAAACCCUCGGAAAUCAGCUCUUCAGAGUCACAGGGCUCGGAAAGUGAGAAUGAGAGUGUGCGCUCGGAUCCACACUCGUUCGUCAAUCACUACGCCAAUGUGAACGACUCGCUGCGGCAGUCGUGGAAGCGACAGAAGCCUGUACGCAACUACUCUAGUUACACAGACUCAGAACCUGAGGGUAGUGGCAGUGCUGUGGUCAGUCUCAACGGAGGACAAAUCAUCAUGAACAACAUGGCCCGCAGUCGCGCACCUCUACCAGGCUUCUCAUCCUUUGUAUGAUCUCCAACACGUGCAAUGUAAAUAGUUCUAGUUAUAGUGAAAGUAUGUUGAAUGUGAUCAUUGUGUAUAUAUACCUACGUUGGGAAACAGUGGAAUUUAGAUUGGUUAUUAUUUAUAAUUUUUGAAUGUGUUCAGUUUUUAUUCCUAUUACACAUAUAAAAAAAAGUCUAAAAGAACUUCAACUCUAUUAAAAUUAAUAGAGUUGAAUAAAAGUCAAAAGUAUUAUUAAUGCAUUUUCUAUAAGAUUCCAACCUUAUUAAGGCAUUUAGUUAGUUACAAAUGGCUUUUACAAUGUAAGAAAAGAAACAAAAUUAUACUUUGCUAGUUGUUUGGAAAGCAUUUAGGACUCCAUGGAUAGAAAUUAUUGAAAAUUAGCAAAAUUGAGUAAAUUGUUUAUUGGUUUAACAUUUAAAAUUCAUAUUUUGUAUUUGUUUUAUUUAUAUAAUAUAAUUAUAUUAUAUGAAUAAUAUAAUUUUUAUAUCAUUUUAUAUUUCUAUUAGAUUUAAAAAGUGAGAUUAAUUUUACUUAAAGUAGCUGCGUGUAAGUAGGCCUAUAUAUUCUAUACUUUCUGUGUGCCAGUUUUAAGAUCAAACAACAAAUAAGUUAUGUUAUAGUUGUAAGAAACUGUUCAUUAAAAUUGUAUAAUAUAAAAUUUAUUUGUAUAUACCACUGAUUCCCAAAACUGUAUCUUAAUUACAGUGGAGAUGUCUCAACACAUUAAUGUUAGUGUCAUUUUGUAUAUUUAUACACUGAGAAUCAAACUUUAAUCCUUACUUUCCUCAAACUAGUAUUAAGGGAGACCGCAAGUAAAGCGGCCGUUAAGUAAAAAAGUCUGAGGCAGCUAUGCUGUGUUAUAUUUUUAUACUAUAAGCAGCUAAAUAGAACAUGUAUAGAUUUGGUCUGUAUAUUAUUUAUUACUCUUUGUUCUAAUUUCCUAGAACAAUUGUGACAGAGAUGACCAUAACAUUGUAAAAUAUUGUAAUUAUAGAUUUUAAAAUGCAUUUCUAAACUUAUUGUAAGACAACAUUAUGUAGUAAGGUAAUCAUUCCUCUAGUUGCACGAGCACUGUCGCAUGUGUUGUAGACUGGUUUAGAAUUUAGAAAAGUCUGAUCUAUUUAUUGUUUGUUCAUUUAAAUGUCAUGAGAGCUACAAACUUUAAAAUUUGGUAGUUUAAGUGGGGGAAAGUAAUUUUGUUGACAAUUAUUAAGUUAAUUUUUUCUUGACGUGCAAUGUUUUGUAUGCUAAUUUUUAGACUUAUCACGACUGUGUAAGAUGGUACUAAGUGAUGCCUGAUGAUAUCUAGUAAAUCAUACUGUAUAUUCUAAGGUAUACAAUUAUAAACGUAAAACAGCACUGUAUUAUUUUAAACUUGUUUGUAGUAAACUUAUUACAAACAUUGUUUACACAUCAAUCUGUGUUCACAGGUAUUCUUACAAUGUUCAAGUGUAUUAUGACAGAUUGUUAUUUUUAGUGGUUAUCAAUUUCCGUCCACUACAUUAUAAUUUCUUGAAAGUGGACGGCUAUUACCUAACCAAGUGUAUUUAUAUCAAAGAACUAUUGCAAUUGUCUAUGAGGUAAUUUAAGAACUAGAGACUGAUAUGGCUUUUCAUUUUAUAUCUAUCUGAAUCAUAUGAUGCUGAAUACUUAACAACCAUGAAAUCUUUCGCCUUAGAUAUUUUUUCAUGACAAUAUUUUUUAGUUUUUGAUAGAAUAUAAUCAAAUCAUACAGUCUUAGUAUGAUAUUUUAUUCAAACCUAUGCGAUAAUUACUGUAAUAAAUCUGUGUGUUUUUUUAUUGAAGGAUCCCAGACAAAUACACAUACACUACAGUAUAUUUCGUACCUAGGGCCGAAAAUGAGGUUUUGCCGGCUCGAGAUAGUUUUUAAGUUCGAGACGAAGUCGAGAACUUAAAUCAAUUGAGAGCUGCAAAACCAUUUUGGUCCGUGGUAAGAGCGCUAUUUUUCACCACACUAUAGCCUAUUACCACUAUUCACCACUAUAAUAAUGCACACUGAUUGUCAACACUACUACAAUUUUAAGGUUAUGCGAAGAAAUAAUUUGAGGAAUCAGCAAAAAUAAAAAUAAAUAAAAAUAAAAAAAUAAAUGCUAGGCAACGGUGACAAUAACACAAUUCUAUUGCAAUAUAUGGAUUUUGAUUGUGUAUUUAAAAUGCAUUCAUGUUUUAAGUAAGUAAGCGGACAGCUGACUUUGCGGUCCCGGGCUGUAAAAACCUGCUCGGUCCCCAAAUUACGAUGACAGCUGGCAUGGCCAGCAAAACGUAACUUUCAGCCACCAAUUAACGUAUGUAAUACAGCUAAAAACAUCAUAGUGUGGUGAAAAAUAUAUUGCUUUAAGUACUAAGAUUUUUAUUAAUUUAAGUGACAUAAUACGAACAAAUUACAUUAUAUUAAUCCUUUCUCAAUUAUGUUUGUAGCUUCCUAAGUAAACAAAUGUUAUAGGCAUUUUAGAUGUGUACAUAUUAAUGUAAAACAUAUUUAAUGAGCCAUAUUGUCAAUUUGUUGUCAGUAACUGUGAUAUAAUUUGUUUAAUGAUUUAUGUAUUGUGUAUAUUAUUGUAUAUUGAUUAAGUUCCCAAGUGUAAUAAAGUAGAAUGCUACUUAAAUAUGCAUAAAAUAAAAGAAUUUGUAAAAUAAAUUUGUUUAAAUUUUUAA